UUUCAUAACAGAUGGCAGAGAAUAUUUUUAUUAUACGCAUGACACAAUCAUUUUGCAACAUCUUAGAAUACUUUAUUGCAGGUUAUUAAAUUACCUUUUUGUAAUCGUUAUUAAUAUUUAUAGCCUUAUUUAAAUACAUACAUACAUAUACAUAUAUAUAUUAUGUUUCUAUUAGCAGUGGAGAAAUAUAAAUAACAUGAGAAGUAACUUGAUCUACUUCAAAAUAAUACAUUUUAUUAUAUUAAAUUGUAACGCUAUGUAUAUAUUUUAUGAAAAACAAUACAAAACUGGUGCCAAUUAAAUAAAAAUAAAAGCUCUGCUACUACAAAUUAUAUAUACAUAUAUAUUACAUAUAAUCUUACUUAUUAUGUAAGAAGUAAUAUAAUUCUUAUAUUAAAACAAAAAUACCAACAAUACAUGAUAAUUUUUAAACAUAAAAUAAAAUAUUCGUGUUUAGAAAGUUUUAAAAUUCGCGGUAUAAAUCGAUCGUGCAGCAUAACCUAUCACAUCACAGAUUUUAACGGAAGAACCAAUGAGAUGAUUAGGAAAAUAUAUCUUAUGAAUGAGAUAUAUUACAAAAAAAAUUUAUCUGUCAAAUUAAAAAGAGCCGAUGAAUAGAAAUUUUUUUGCAGAUCAUUUGAGAAAGAGUCUUUGAUAAAACGUAGACAUCUGUACACAGUGAAAAACUUUUCUUCGGAUAUAUCUAUUAAUAACUUUGCUUGCCAAGUAGUGUAUGCAGAGUCACCUUUCGCCUAUUGUAAUUUUCUUGGACGUUUAUAAAAGCCGUGUGACAAAGGUACAAAAAAAGAAAAAGAAAAAAGAAAAUGUCGAUCGAUUGUAUUUUUAAACACACCAAGGAAGAUGCUCUCAAGGAUUUCAUCUUUUUCGACGAGAAAACCAUACCACUAGAAGAUGUAAAACCUGUCAUAUUGCAACCAUUACAGCCAACAUCUGCUAUCAUUAUAACAGGAUAUAUUCCCGUUCAUGCGAUAAGAUUUUCAAUAAAUUUAAAUUGCAAAACGAGCGGAAACAUAGCAUUGCAUUUUAAUCCAAGAAUAGAUAGAGGCUAUGUGGUAAGAAAUACAAAGAUCAAAGGUACAUGGGAAAUCGAGGAAACUUGUUCUCCAGUUGGUCCAUGUAAUUAUAUAUUUCGUCGAAACUCUUAUAUUCAUUUGAUGAUAUUUUGCACGGAAGAUGCAUUUCAGAUAGCUAUCAAUGGAGAACAUUUCUGCGCGUUCACAUAUAGAUUUCCACUUAGUGAUAUUAAGAAUCUUGAAUGCGAAGGACACAUAGAAGAUAUAAGAUAUAAUCAAUUAAAUCUUAACGUUUAUCCCGAUCCAAAGAUUUUUAAACCUUCACGUUCUUUAAGUUUGACAGUGGAUUCUCCUCUCGUAGAGUUUCUUGAAGUUCCGAUCAAUGUAAGAAUCGGCUGUGAAUUUAAACUCGGUACCAAUUUAUUUAUUAGAGGAAGAUUAAAAUUACUUCCCCAUUCAUUUUAUAUAAACUUACAAAAAGGUGAUACUGUUUAUCCUCACCCAAUAAUUGCCUUGCAUAUAAAUCCACGUUUCCUUUAUGGUAGUAGCGAGCCUUAUGUUGUCAUGAACUGUUGGAUCGAUGGUAGUUGGAAAAACGAGGAAAGACACGAAGGUCAUUUGUCUUGGAUGCCAGGCCGUGAUUUUUUAUUAACUAUACGUUGCGAGCAUGACAGCUUUUCAAUAUGGCUGGGAAACAAAAUGGUCAGCGAAUUUAAACACAGAUUAAAACCAUCGAUCAUUAAUACUCUACGAAUAUCAGGCGAUAUUGUUCUUUAUCAUCUGGCGAUCGAUGAUGUCAAAAAAAAAUGAAAUAACGAAUGACUUUAUCAUAACGAUAUUUGGAUAUCUUAAUUAUUAUUGAAAGAAGAAACAUGGAGACGUAUUUACUUAUCUCUGUUUCUUAUAUGGAACUUUUUAAAUGUUGCCAUUAAUAAUCUAAAGAAUGGUACAAUGUUUUCUGAUAAACGCUUAAAACGUAUGUACUUACUACGUGCCCUUCUUAGACAAUAUAUCGUUUUAAGUUGAUUUUAUUAAACUCGUUGAUCAAGUUACGAAAAGACUUCUCCUUCUUCACUUUUCCAUUUCUUGUAAUAAUUAUUUAUGAGAUUGAUAUAUCUCUGUCUCAAAUUUGACAAAUCGCGAUCGGGUGUUCUCUUAAAGAAUUCUGAUCAACGAUUGUUAAGAUUCUAUAAAAUGAGAAGUUCUUUUUUUGAUUUGUAAUGUGAUCAUAGACGUUUAAAAAAAUGUUCUUAAAACUUAAGAACUAAAGUUCUUAUAAGUAGGAUAAUUAACGAGAUUACAUUUCUUAUUCAUCUAUAUUAAUUAAUUAUACCUUUUAUAUGAGAUAGGUAACAAGAAAUUUUUCUAUACCUUUUGUAAAACUUUCUUAGAAAUUUGAUUAGAUUUUAGGAGUGAAUAUUGAAAUUUGUUCACUUAUCAAUAGCGCAUAUUUGCUUACCUAUAUUAUAUACGUGACAUUUGUAGUCAUUUUUAACUAUAAUCUACAAUGUAUAAUACUUUUAUGACUUAUACAAGGCAAUAAACUAAUUGAAUAUAU